GUUGGACAUAUGACCAUGGCAUGCCUUAUGAUGCCAUGUCUCCCUCCCAUUUCCUCUCUCUCAAUCUCCCUCUCAUAGUUUUCCUCUGAUCCUCAAGCAUGCCCGCCGCGCCGACAUUCUACGAGUCCGCAUACGACCCUCAGGCCGUGCUCCAGUCCGCCGAGUUCAAGGUCCUCGCUUCCGACGACCCGCGCCUGCGCGACCCCCACGCCAACCUCGCCUGCGCGUACAACCCCGCGCACGAGGUACAUAUGGUGCGGAAGCCGCGGCCGGUGGCGCGCGAGGGCGAGGUGGUUGUGCAUGUGCGCGCGACGGGCAUCUGUGGCUCGGACGUGCAUUUUUGGAAGCACGGGCAUAUCGGCCCCACAAUGAUCGUGACGGACGAGUGCGGGGCGGGGCAUGAGAGCGCGGGCGAGGUUGUCGAGAUUGGGCCGGGCGUGAGCACGCUCAAGGUCGGCGACCGGGUGGCGAUCGAGGCUGGCGUGCCCUGCUCUCGCGCGGAUUGCGAUGCAUGUCGGACCGGGCGGUACAACGCUUGCCCCCACGUCGUCUUCUUCUCCACGCCUCCAUACCACGGCACGCUGACAAGGUUCCACGCGCACCCCGCCUCGUGGCUGCACAAGCUCCCCGCCAAUAUGUCGUACGAGGAGGGAAGUCUGUGCGAACCCCUCGCCGUCGUGCUCGCCGGAAUGGAGCGUGCAGGGGUCAAGCUGGGCGAUCCUGUGGUGAUCUGUGGCGCUGGCCCCAUCGGGCUCAUCUCGCUCCUCGCGGCGGACGCGGCUGGCUGCUGCCCCAUCGUCAUCACAGAUCUGUUUGAGAGUCGCCUCGAAUUCGCACGCACGCUCGUUCCCGGCGUCAAGACGAUUCUGAUCGCCAAAGGCGAGAGCGCAGAGGAAGCGGCUAAGCGGAUCACAGCAGAGGCGGGGAUGCCGCUACGCGCCGCGCUCGAGUGCACCGGCGUCGAAAGCUCAAUUAGAGCUGCCAUCUACUCGGUGCAGUUUGGGGGCAAGGUGUUCGUGAUUGGCGUCGGGCCGUCAGAACAGAGUUACCCCUUCGGAUACUGCUCAGCCAACGAGAUCGACCUUCAGUUCCAGUACCGCUACGCGAACCAGUAUCCCAAGGCGAUCCGGCUGAUUUCCGGUGGGCUCAUCAACGUCAAGCCGCUCGUGACGCACCGCUUCGCACUCAAGGACGCCGUCGACGCUUUCCAGGUCGCAGCUGACCCGUCCCAGGGAGCCAUCAAAGUACAGAUCCAAGACUAGCGAUCGGAGGGUGUCAGCAUCGGCGGGGUCUGAGGUAACAGACGGACAUUGCCUGUAGCUCUGUACAUAUCCAUGCAUUGUUCUCGGUUG